AUGCAGCCACCCAAUUCGCGUGCUGCUCACGUGAACUCACCCUCUGGUUCGACUGCGGCAUCCAAAGCGACGUUGGGAUGGCCUGGCUCGGCCGCCAUGCUCAACAACUCGGGUAUACGGUAUAACACCUACACCGGCGAUAGUGAUGGCGUCCACCAUCAAGAUAGGCCGUCACCCCAAGAAACAUCGUUCGGCGUAAUUGAUAGACCUUGGUCUCAGCCUGCGCGAGAGUUCCAACCAUGUCGUCACGGCUUCGACCGAUCAUCAGUGACCCAAGACAAUCGGCUCAUUGGCGUUUCCCCACUGGCACUCGCUCAGCGAUAUCUGCAGCACGAUCUACUUCAUCCUGUCAGCGCGACCGGCCAGCUCGACGAUAUCAUUCCAUUCGGUCACGACCAAAAUAAUGAAACGACCAUACGACCGGAAGACGUCCAGUAUGAUCCAGCCUUUGCGCGCGCUCCCGAGCACGCAUCGAUAACCGCCUACAAUACUCCCCUCAGGCUGGAAGCGCGUUUCCCUAUCACUGAUACUGAUACUCCCGCACCUUGGAACCCGCAUCACGCGGCCGCGAGUAUGUACCACGAGCCACUGCAGGCCCUUCGGUGCGAGGACCACUGCGCCGCGAGGCCAACGCAGCAGGUCAUCGAGUUCGCUGGGAAGACCACCUCAGGAGCGGACUUCGGCGAUCGCACGCUGGACUACUCUACGUCGGUCAGCUCCGAGUUUCCUUUCGCUUGUGCUACAUGCCCCAUGCCCUUCGAGGCCAAGUCUUCGUACAACGAGUUCGCGACGCAACUGCCCGCGCCUCAAUUGCCAUGUACGCGUCCGGAACCUGCCGCGGCCUCUCAGUCUUGCAUCGAUCUCGGCACGCCAAUGAGGUCGUUGAACUUCGCCACUUAA